AUGCUCUCCAAAGCCUGCGUCAAGUCUGGUGGACUGCUGAACGGACGCGAAAAGAACAAAGGCUCUGACAAGUACUCACACCAGAUGAUCAAGCGGCUAUCCGGACCCGGAGUUCACGGUAAUAAGAAGGAGACUGCAGUCUACAACAUUGCUGCGAUUUUGGUGGAGGGUCUCAGUGGGGUUCAUUUCCGGCAAAACUUCUGCAGAGAACUUGAAGAAAACGGACAAGAACAGUCACCGCCAAAAGCCUUUUUGAAGCAAAAUUUGUACAAAUCUCCCUACUAG